UCAGUCGGGGACGGCCACGAGUCGAGAGCGGUCAGCUGCGCUCCCGGCGGACGCACGGGUCCGUCGGAGCCCACUCAGCCGGCACUAUGACCGGUACGACGCCGCUGCGCCGCGGCCCCCUGAAGGUGGCCGUCGCGGCCGCUAUGCUGGUCACCUUCAUGCUGCUGGUGGCUCAACACUCAUGGCACCACCCUCCUGAAGAAUCUCUCACCCCUGCGGUACAGCUUCCUGAGCUCUCACCAAACGCAGAGUCGAUGGUGAAGCCACCGGCCCUGCCGCCAGCACCGGACGACGACACGGCGAUGACCGUGGCCCUGUUUCGCUACAUCGAAAACCCGGAGGCCUGCUGCCGAAAGCUAACCAUGUUCGGCGGCACUCUGGCGGGCGGUAAGAAGAUCGACGGCGACAAGUUUGUGUGUCUGGACGCGGAGCACGCCCCGCCACCGGGGGCCUGUCUCGUCUACUCGGUGGGAAUCUCGAACGAGUGGAGCUUCGACCGGCAGAUGACCAGCUACGGCUGCGAGCUGCACUGCUUCGACCCGUCCAUGAAGUCGUACAACCGACACGUGACCGAGUUCGGCGCGCGGUUCUACAAGAUCGGCCUGAGCGGCCGGACUGAGGUGCGGCCGAACGGCUGGCACAUGAUGACGCUGACCGACAUCAGGCAGAAGCUGGGCCACUCGGAGCGCGACAUCCACUACCUGAAGGUGGACAUCGAGGGCAGCGAGUGGUCCUGGCUGGAGAACGACCCGCAGAGUCUGCGCGGCGUGCACCAGCUGGGCAUGGAGGUCCACAUGACACUCAAACCGGCCAGCCUGCGCAGACACUACGCCGUCUUCAGGGCCAUCCAGCAGGAGGGAUUCGCGCUGGUGCACGUCAACGCCAACCGGGUGUACGGCCGGCAGUCCAAGCUGCCGGGCGUACAGGACAAGGUCAGCAGCCUCUACGAACUGGUGUGGGUGAGGGUCAAGUGAGGUCGCCGCUCGGUCGGCGCUUGGCCCGGUACAAGGUCGAUCGGAUGCCGUGUGGGAUUUUGUGGUUGUAGGUUAAACAGCGUAUGAUGUACGGACAUGGUGUUGCACAGUAGCGGCGGAACACCUUCAAUUAAGGGGGGGGCACCGCCAACUUUUGGUCCCAUUCUUUCCAUGCAACGCCCAUAGGGCUAAUGUUAAAAUGCCAAAAUCAAAGGGGGGCACGGUGCCCCUGUGCCCUCCCCGUUCCGCCGCCUAUGGUGUUGCAUAUAUGUGAUGUGCAUGGUUUACGUGACGUGAUGUGCGUGGUGGUUGUGAUGCAUGACUGUUAUCUUUGGACUUUUUUUCGACAGAGAGUUCUCAAAUGCAUCAAGAUGUCGAACGCAGCUUUGGAGGUUAGAAUCGAUCAUUAUUGGCAUUCAUAAACUUCAUUCGACAUUCGUGCAUCAGUUCAAAACUGCUGCGCUUUUUUGCCGUGGCAUGAUUGACGCUGCCACACUGCUUAGCUCCUGCUCACUGCUCAGUAGCCCAGGUGUAGGUAGAAAGUCUCCGAGGAACACACAGUGGCGUUUUCGGUCAUUGUUUUAGUCAAUAUUUGGCAUUUGCUCGCUGUUUUAUUUGCUGAUAACUAAUAAGUCAGUUAAAUGCCCAUCGUUAAACAUUAAGGCUACAAGCUGUUGUUUUGAAUUGAACUUUUUAUGUGUGCUUUUUAUUGGUUAGGAUGUGUGAACAUAUAAUCGUUUACAAAACUUAAUUUAUCAAAAUGUAAUACGCGACAUGCAAUGCGAUGAGCAAUGAGCAUCAAUAAACAAAUGUCCGCCUGAUAGAUCUCGCUUGUUUUGGUAUUUCUGUCUAAUGUUGUGCGUAUU